CAAAUGAAUAUUUUUUUUCAUUUUUCUUACGCGAUCCUAAUUCCCAAGUGACUUGGGAAAGAAGACAGAAAGGAUCGACUGUCCAAUCUUUUUCUUUAUUCUGAUAUGCUAUAACUUCCCUCUUUGAAUCAAAGUAUCGAAUGGUUUAUGUCUGAUCACUGUUGAGUGAAUCAAGCUUGAAUCUAUCAGUCAAAACCCCCAAAAACUGAAAAGAAAAGAGGGCAAGAAGAAAAACAGAACAAAAGAAGAAAAAUAAGGCUUGGAGUGAGCGGGAGAUGAGAUGAUACUACCAUUUGUAAAGCUAGGAGCCCUUGCACUAAAAACCGCUUGCAAACCCAUCGCUAAUCGUCUCAAAAAAGAGGCUGGUUUACAUCCCAGGUUCCGCCAGUUCAUCAUCAACAUUGCCCAGGCAAAUCAUCGAUUUACGACCAGAAUGCAAAGACGUAUUUAUGGUCAUGCAACUGAUGUUGCAAUACGCCCUUUGGAUGAGGAGAAAGCUGUCCAAGCUGCUGCAGAUCUUCUAGGGGAGCUCUUUGUAUUCACGGUUGCAGGAGCUGCUGUUAUUUUUGAGGUGCAAAGAAGCUCCAGAUCCGAAGCAAGAAAAGAGGAGCAGCGCAAACAAGAAUUUGAGACAAUGAAACAAAGAGAUGAAGAUUUAGCACGAGAAAUUGAGCUGCUUAAAGUAAAAAUUGAAGAGCUUGAACAACUAGCAAGAGGACGAGGACUUGUUGGUAUAUUCCACUCCAAGCAUGCACAUGGCACAGAAGAUGGAAAAGCCAAGCCCUCUUGAUUAUUGCAGGAACCAUGUUCAGCUAAAAAAUUUCUAUGUUUUUUGUGGAGAAUCAGUGACAUCCGGGGAGUAGAAUUUUCUCUUCGACACCUUGCUAUAAAUAACAUGGCAAGAUAUCAAUUCUACAGACUAACAGCAUUUUGUUGUAUUGGAGUUGAUUCUGAAAUUCUUCAGCUUGUGCUGAAUUUAGUUUGAUUUGGACAUCUGGGAAUUGGAAAGUUCCAUUUUAGUUCAGGUUCAGUAUUUGAUUUAACGGUUGCUUCUAGUUGCCUGUGAAACAUGAUGGCUUGAUGUUGGAUAUCGGAUUGUGGUGCUUGUCAUUUUAUGAAGGCUACAAAGCAUUGCAGGCCAUUAUGAUAUAAGUUCUUUGCAUUUGCAGAUGAGACAUGGAUUACUAUCCUAUAUAGUUAAAAAACUCCAAUGAUUUGAGUU